CCCCGCCCCGCACGACGGUCUUAAGCUGCUCUCCUUCUCAAGCGCGUGAACCGCAACCACUUGUGCGCACAGCUCAAUCGUGGGACGGGAGGCAUUAUGACCCAGAGAGAUCUGGGAGAAGCGUUAAUUAACAGCGCGCGCCCUCGCGGGCUAGCAGAAGCGCUCCGGGCCGGCGUGCCCCCAAUGCAAGGCUUGCUGCUCCUGCUCCUCUCGCUGCUGCUCGCCUUCCAAGCGGUGAAAUUUCUGGCCUUCGAGUGGUCGCGACGGAGGAGGCUGGGACCGCCGGGCCCUUUCCCGUGGCCCCUUCUGGGCAACGCAGCUCAACUGGGCCGCGCCCCUCACCUAGCUUUCGGACGCCUCGCGGCCAUCUACGGCAGCGUUUUCCAGCUGCGCCUGGGCAGAUGGCCGGUGGUCGUGUUGAACGGCGAGCGCGCCAUCCGCGAGGCCCUCAUCCGCCAAGGGGCCGCCUUCGCGGGCAGGCCUCCUUUCCCUUCCUUUCAGCUGGUAUCCGGAGGACGCAGCUUGGCCUUCGGCGGCUACUCUGAGCUGUGGAAACUGCAGAGGCGCUUGGCGCACUCGACCUUGCGCGCUUUCUCGGCGCGCCGCCUCCUGGAGCAGCCCUUGCUGGCUGAGGCGCGCACUGUGGUGCGGCUCCUAGUGAGCGCUUGCGCCGGCGGCGCCUUCGUAGAUCCGUCCCGGAGCCUGGGGGUGGCCGUGGCUAACGUCAUGAGCGCGCUUUGUUUCGGCAGCCGCUACAGCCACGCUGACGUCGAGUUCCGGCGGCUGGUGGGUCGGAACGAGCAGUUCGGGCGCACGGUGGGCGCCGGGAGCGUGGUCGACGUGCUACCCUGGCUGCAGCGCUUUCCCAACCCGGUGCGCUCGGCCUUCCGCGCUUUCCGCGCCCUCAAUCAUGAGUUCUACAGCUUCGUCCGCCAGAAGUUUCUGUGGCAUCGGAACAGUCUCCGCCCGGGAGAUCCCUUACGCGACCUGAUGGACGCCUUCAUCCGCCUCCAGCAAACGCAGCCUGGCUUGCCUGUGGAGCACGUGCCGGCCACCGUCACGGACAUCUUCGGCGCCAGCCAGGAUACUCUCUCUACCGCCCUGCAGUGGCUCUUGAUCUUCCUCAUCAGGUAUCCAGAGGUGCAAACUAAGCUGCAAGAAGAAAUAGACAAAGUUGUUGGCCGAAACCGCCUGCCCUGUGCUGAGGAUCAGCCCCGUUUGCCUUCUGUCAUGGCUUUCCUAUAUGAAUCUAUGCGUUUCAGCAGCUUUGUGCCAGUUACUAUCCCUCAUUCCACCACAGCCGAUACCAUCUUGAUGGGCUACCACAUACCCAAAGACACAGUGGUCUUCAUCAAUCAGUGGUCCGUGAACCAUGACCCAGGCAAAUGGCCUGCUCCAGAAGUUUUCAAUCCAGCAAGGUUCCUGGAUGAGAAUGGAUUCCUGAACAAGGACCUUGCUAGCAGCGUGCUGAUUUUUUCAGUGGGCAAAAGAAGGUGCAUUGGGGAGGAGUUAUCCAAAGUGCAGCUCUUUCUCUUCACUGCUGUCUUGGUCCACCAGUGCAAUUUCAGUGCUAAUCCAAAGGAAGAUUCUAAGAUGGAUUCCACCUAUGGCCUGACUGUUAAACCAAAGCCAUUUACACUCAGUGUCACACUUCGAGAUAGCAUGGAUUUGCUGGAUAAUGCUGUCCAGGGACUUCAGGCAGAAAAUGCAUCUGAAAAUUGCGUGUUUAAUACAUGAAUGCUCAGGUUUGAAUGUUGUCUGUAAUGCUGUAUAAGGAUGGUAUUUCUUCUCUCUCUCACUCUUUUUAAAUGAAGCACUUAGAAAUACAAUGCAUUCUGGAGAACUGCUAUCAAGAUAUGAAGUAAGACAAUGUAUGAAUAAGGAUGUUGUGGUUUGCAAAUUGAUGUUUUUCUUACCUCAGCAAAUCUUGUCAACCAUACUCCAUAGUGUGAAUUUAAUCACUAGACUUCUUCCCUAAUUACAUUGUGGCAUUCCUAUACUUUGUUCACUUAUCUUUUUACUGGCCAUCCACACAAUUCCCUCAUUACGCAGUUCCCCUUCUGUAUUUUCUUUGUGUUUUUAAUUUUUCCUGGAGAGGGGUAUAUUUCUCUUAACAACAUUCUAUCCAGAAAAAAAUAUUUUAAUGCUGAAGACCAAUUAAUAAUCAAUAGAUUAUAAAAUAGUACCUACCAUCAAGAUAAUGCACAUAAGCAUCAAGUUUCAGAUGGCCAGUUAGAUGACUUUUCCAUCAACAGGAGAGUUGUCACCUCCAUUGUGUUAGAUGACAAAUAGAAAAAGUAUAGGAAAUCAACUUCUGUAAUUGAGCAUCUUCCAGGUGUUAGGGCGCUCAGAAUUCUCAAUAUAUUGGUUUAAAAUGUUGAGAGCAAUGCAUAUUAGUUCUAGAAACCUUAAAUUUCAACUCUGCUAGAACCUAUACUCCCCUACAUAUGGUGCAUUGAUUUUGCUAAAGCUGCUCUUAAAUAUAUUGUCAUAGGCUUGUAUUGAAUAUUGACAUUCACGUAGGAUUUUUUAUUUUUGUUGCUCAUAUAGUGGCUUUAAAAACAAAUUCAGAAAUGCAGUUCACAUUCUCUUAACUAAAUGGGUGCAUUGCACUGCGUAUGCAGAACAUAUUGAUAUGAGAUGAUACUUUUAGUAAUGUGGUUUAUUUUUGUCCCUCUAAUACACAUUUUCAAGGUAUUCCACAUAAUCAGAUAUUAUUUGUAGUUCUGUCAGCAUUUAUAAAUCAGCCAUUUGUCUGAAAUGGUAUAGGGUUUCCUGCCUGAGCAGGGGGUUGGACUAGAUGGCCUCCAAGGUCCCUUCCAACUUUAUUAUUAUUAUUAUUAUUAUUAGUAGUAGUAGUAGUAGUAGUAGUAGUUCUUACCUGGCUUUCUUUAAUUAAGUGCUUUAUUAAGAAAUGCAUUUCGUUUCAGAAAUAGAAUGAUCUGCCCUUGAUCAAAACAUACUUAGAAAUAAUAGGAAAAAAAAUGAAAUAUAUUGUUUAUGUUUUAAACCAGGCAUGUCAAACUUGCGACAUAUCGUGACUUUUCCCCCAUUGUUAGCAAUGGGGUGGGCAUGGUUUCGUCGUGAUGCAUCCAGCCUGCGGGCCGGCAGUUUGACAUGCUUGUUUUAAACUAAUUGAAUAGGAAGUUGAAAACUCUCUGAAUUUUACUGAUGAAAUCAGUGGUUUACUAAUGAGUGGCAAAAGAUUCAAAGUUGCGAUCUUUCAUUUAAAAAGGUUCUUAGUAAAAAAAAAAUCGUAACAGCAUACAGUCAUUCUGUAUGCUGCAUGCAGUUUCAGUGAUGGAGGAUUGGGAUGUCCAGAAUCCUUUGACUUGACUGUCCUCCAUUGACCCCAUGUGAAUCUGUCACUAAGUCAUUAUUUUCCAGAUCAUCUCAGCCAAACUAUCACAAACUGUCUCCUCUCCAGAGAUGUGGAACAGACAAUCUGAGAACUGAACAUAUUUGGCAGUUGUCUAGGUUGGAAAAGGCUGUCCUCCGACUUUACCUUCCGAAUAGGGUAUUCUAUGUAUGUGUAAACUAUUAUUUGAAACAAUAGCACCCAUGUUAGGAAAAUGAAGGGGGAGGAUAUCAUGCUUCCAACCUCCCACAGUUGUCAUAUUCCAUAUAGUUUUAUUCACAUCUGGAUAACCUAUUGGCUUGUGCUGAAGUAUAGUUUUCAGCAGCCCCAUGUGGCCAAAGGGAAUAGAUGCAAAAAGAACAUGAAGUGCCACAAGUUGCCUAUCCCAAGAUUCUCAUACUGUGUUGCCAAACAAUGUUCUGGAUUACCUUAUAGGUUUAAGAUCUUAUGAAGUCUUAUCAUGGCAAUCUGACAAGUAUUUCACAAGUGCUGCCACUAUAGGGUGUUUUUUUUUUAAAAAAAAAUCAGGAAUUUUGUCAUGAACUAGGCUAGAAAAAGAUCAACAUGGCUCUCUUUAGCUUGAAAAUGUGAAGCAAAUUUGGUUUUUAGCAAAACACCCACAGCAAAUAAUAAUUUAGUGCCUUCUGAUUUUAGAUGUCAUAUUUAGAGCACUAUUCUCAAAUCUCUAAGUUCUGCUAAAAAUAGAAAUUUCAAAAAUCAUCAGCUGUGAAUUAUACAUUGGAAAAAUGAAACAAUGGGUUUAUGCUCUCCAGUGCAUUGUAUUGGCCUUCCCCAUCCUGAUGCCCUGCAGAGGGGUUAGAUUCAACUUCCAUAAUACUCUGCCAGCAUGGCCUUUGAUCAUACUGGGAUAUUAGUUCAAUCCUUGAAAGACAUCACACUAUAUUAUAGAAAGCUGCAUUAUAUAAUCCUACAGCUGUAUGGUUCCGACAGAUGAAACUCUUCAAAAGAACUUCGAGGCAUUGUUUACCUUAAAGAAUCUUUAUUUUGAGUAGCAUAAGAUCAGCACUGCAUAAUCGAAGCCAAAAACUGAAUUCCCCUCC